AAGCUCUUAGGCCAUUUCGAAACUGGGAAGCUUCCUAUUUGAAGUUCUUUUCGGAGAUGGCAUAACCUCACUGUAAUUUGGAAAUAUGAAAGAGGUUUCCUGCUUUCGUUUACAGUAACUCUCUUCAAUUUCGUGAGUUCUGAGACGUUGUGGCGACAGCCAAUUCAUCGUCAAAUAGAGAAGAGAGCUUUUUAUUACGAAUCUUCGAUAUGCAAAACAUAGGUGACUUGAUAGCCCCAGCUCUGCUCAAUGACAUCGAUGGAAACGAUGAGAAGGAGGAGGUCAUCCUGGAUGAUGAUUCUAUUGCCGCAUGGGAAGGAUUUAUAGAAUCAAAGUCGAUGGCAGAACUGAUUUCUCCAGAGGACUUGGAGUGGGUGGACUCUUGCCUUGUGGCUGAGCCAGAAUUGUCCAUGGAAAGCUGGGCUUCUCUUAAAGAAGCGCUAAUUGAUAGUGUCACUGCUUUUACUGAUUCCUACGAGGUGAACAAUGCAGAUGAUCUUGAUGAGUCAGGUAAUGGCGAGAAAAUGGAGGUUGAUAAAGAAAUGGUUCUUGGGAAGCCAGAGAUUGCUAACGAUCAGGGAGAUUCUGCUCACGUUGGAGCACGGAUGAACUGCACUGGAGGGGAUGAUCGUAAUGAUAGAGAUGAGGGAAUUCAAAAAGAGAUCGAAUCACCGGAGAGUAUUUUCAGGGUGUGGGAUCUCCAGGAAGAGCAGGAAGGAAAGGAGCAUGAGCUGAUACCUGAACUAACGAGAGCGGUUUCAGAUCUUCAAGUGGCGAAGGAACGGGAGGAUGAGUUCUUAACUGAGCUGAAGCAAGCAGUUGCAGAGAGUAUUCUCAGGGAUAAGCAAAGGGAGGCCAUUGGUGCAGCAAUCACAGCUGAAGAUGGAAAGCUAGAUGACAUCAUUUCAAGUAUGGGCGAUUUAUCACUCUAAGCCGUCCUCCAAACAAAGUUAUCUGAAUUAUUUCGUUUGAAGUAAUCUGAUGAAAAAGUAUUUCGUAAAGAUUUAGUUAGUUUUAGGCUGUUGUCUGUUUCAGCACCGUUCCUUCAUCUUUUUAUAUGCCUUUUGGUAGAUUGCUUGCAGGCUGUUCUGAACCCAUAUACAGUGCGAAGGAAUGAAAUCUGUUAGUUUGUAAUUGAAGUUUUAUACUAUGAAAAUGGUUUCUUUAAUGUGAUUUUCUAC